AUGCUUGCAGAGAACUUCUGGGUGCAGAGGCAAGAUUUGAAGCAGGCAUGCCUCGGAAUGCCCGCGUCGCGGUCUCCGGUGGGGGACAUCGAGUGGCGGCGGCGCGAGAAGGAUGAGCACGAGUGGGUCACCAACUCGCUCGGCUUCAGCCUCCGGCUGAACAAAGUGGAGUACUACAAGGAGGUUGGAACGCUCCACUACAUCCUCGGCCAUGGACAACAUUUGAACAUUCCGGCCAUCCACAAAGGCAUCGAGUCCUUCACCCGAGAGCAGGAGCUUUGGCUGAAAUUGGCUGGGGACGAAAAGGGUGCCGUACUGGACAAGGUUUUGGCCCUCCAGGGAAAGGCCCGGCUGGUUGUUGAAGUCGGCCUCUACGUUGGCUACUCCUCCACUCGAAUGGCUUCACAGAUGCGCCACUGGGGCGGCCGGGUCAUCUCCAUGGAGGUGGAUCCGUACCACGCGGCCAUCGCUCGCAACACCAUUGAGUGGGCUGGACUCACAGAUCACAUCGAAAUCUGGUGUGGGCACAGCGAGAAUCUCAUCCCGCGGCUGAAGGAUCGAUUGCCUGAAAAGUCAAUCGACAUCCUCUUCUUCGACCAGCAGGGUACGAAGAUGCACGUGGAUCUGCAGCGCAUCGUGGACUACAACAUGCUGUCGGACAGGGCCAUUGUCGUCGGUGACAACGUGCUGCGACCGGGAGCGCCGCAGUUCAUGUACUGGAAUUCAGUCGCGGGCCCGUACGAGACGCAGGUCGUGUCCCUGAGAGAAUACAAGCAGGAGGUGGUUGAGGACUGGAUGAGCAUCUCGUUCUGGCUACCUCACUCCCCCCAGGCCCGGCAACCGAUGGCGAUUCCCGAGGCCGUGGAGCAAUUGGGCCACGACACCGACGGCAUUCGAUGGCAGUCCGUGGAGUCGAAAGUCUCAGAACAGCAGUGGGAGAGCCACUCCCAACGCAUGCGGCGAGAGUUUGCCGCCUGUGGCAUCACGCCGCCCGAGGUGGUGCCCUAUCAAGAUGCCCAGGGCCGGUCUCAGGUGGAGCUCGGGGCCCAAGCUGCGGCCAAAGCAGAGUCCAUACUGAGCGCCUGCUUCGAGCGACCUGCAAUGACAGCAGGGAAGGGCGAGGCCUUCGAUGGCUACGCGUCGGUGAAUGCUUCUUUGUCAGAAGCUCAGCCCGCCUCGAAGGCACUGCGUGAGCAACGUGUGGCGCGCGAAGCGGAAAGGAAUUGGGAGAGACCGCAGACCCUCUUCCUGGCAGGCGAGAGCUCGCCAGCCUUGCGGCUGUGCUCCGUCCCCGGGCUGCACCUGGGCGCGCGUGUUUGGUCCUCCGGCCAAGCCCUUGCUGAGGCCGUGGCGCAGGGGCGGUGUCCAGAGCUGCGUGGGGCGAGGUGCCUGGAGUUGGGCGCGGGCUUGGGUGUAGUGGGACUGGCAGCGAUGGUUUACGGCGCUGCCAGUUCCGUCGUGCUGACCGACUUGGAACACAUGCAGCCCUUGCUGAAGAGGAACAUCGAGCUCAACUCAUGUCAACACACAUGCGAGGCUCGAACGUUGGCUUGGGGAAGUGAUGUCCCGCAAAAGAUCAAAGACAUCGACGUGGUGAUUGCGGCGGACGUCGUAUAUCCAACAAAGGACACCUCGGCACUCUAUGCCUUGCGCCAGACCCUCUUCGAGCUCCUGCCGCCGGGAUCAUCCACUCGCCUGCUGUUGGCCUAUCAGCCACGAGCAGACCAGCAGUUCUUGAAGGAGGAGUUGCUGCCGCACUUCUCCUUUGUGCAGAGAGCCCUUGGCGAGGGGCCGUGCCAGCUCUACGUGUGCAGCCGGAAGGCAGCAAGUGCAGGCGAGACGACGGAAGCUGGUGGC